GUGGUGGGAAAAAUAAUUGAAAAAUAAAAAUUGAUCAAAUAAUAGAAGCAACUACACUGUCUACCAGGAAUAUAGUGUCAGUCUAUUUCAUUCCUCAGGCUGUUUCACUGCUUUAAAUUCUUGUUUAAUGUUACCCUUGAACUGGCAGUAAAGAGAGCAGCCUAUUGCAGGAUGUGUUAGGAGUGCCUGCACUGUAAGACCUGUUAAAUUUGUUACCUCUGCACCUGCCAUUGCCUGAGGAGUGCUGAGACAGAAAAUUACACCUUCUGCAUGAACUUUCUACUGAAAUUACAUGAACAAGAAUACUGGUUCUUUCAUUCUGUCUGCCAUUAAAAUAAAAUUAUCAAAUUGUAAGCUGCCUCCUGGGAGAGGCAAUGAGAAACAUACCUAAAAAUACCUCUUCUGGUGUGUUCUGGAAAACAAUGUACUCUGUAUACUGCUUGGUUGGAUUUUUUUCCCCUUUCUGACUGGCCCUCUUGGAUCAGAUGCUGUUACCUGUUUAAGGGAAGAAAUCUUAUUUAUUCAAUACAUGCAGUAGUUUGGUAACAGUAUAACCUCUUUUUAGGUUUCAUUCCUGUGGAAGUGUGGUGAUGCCAAAAGCUUGUUCAGCACAGGCAGGGAGGGAUGCUGCACCAGCAAUUUGACUCAGGACCUACUCUGCCACCAUGGUUGUCCCAUAGGUGACCUCCAGUACUGCUUUUGGGACAUAACCCUGGCCCUGCCAUCUGGCCAGGAAAUGUUCAGGUUCUUGGGAGCUGCUCUGAGGUUGGAUGGAGAAAGAGGGUGGGGUUCUCUGGCCGAGCUGGGGGAGGCGGGAGCGGCACCAGAGGAGGAAGUGAAAGGGGGAGGCGAGCGCCGGGAGGAUCCAGCUGGGGCCACGCUGCAGUCAUGGCCCAGCCCAGAGCCUGUGAGUAGCUGCCCUGGCUCUUCACUGCUCAGUGGUGGUGGGAGUUCUUUGGCUUGUCCCUGAGGGAGAGACUGGGCGUGUGGGAGAGGGUGAAGGCUUGCUUUCCUGCUGGGCUUGGAGCAUAUCCCACGUUUCAGUGGUGAUGCUGAGAAGUGAUGAGUCAGUCACUCCAAUGGGUGCAUUGCAUAAGGGGAUGCCAUGCUUGGCGUCAUGGGAGGAAGUGAAAAAGGGAGAGGAAAGCAAAUCUAACCAUGUUUUGCUCUGGUAUCGUGUGAUCCCCAUCCCUUUGACGCUCUCCUCACCUGCAAAUCUCUCUUCCCUAAACACUCUCUGUCUGGGGACAUUCUCAGCCAUCACUGAGGCCCUGCCUGUGUUCCCUGUCUGUUGGGGAACCCCAGCAUCCCUGUGUUAUUUGCCCAGUCUCCCAGGGCUGGGAGCAUCCCUGCAGGGAAUCACAGCAUCGUCUGGAGGGGGGAGGAUGUGAUAGAGGAAGUGUCUGAACUUGCUGGCCCUGGCCUCAGUGCAUCCCCAUAGCUGUGGUCGAGCUGCGAGUGGGCUGGGCAAGUUAUUUGGGGAGCAGCUGUCCUGAUGUUGGCUCUGCCCCCACAGCCCACUGCUGGGAUUAGAAAACCCAGUUUUGGGGCAGAUGCAUCUGUGGCUGCAGCUCUUGCAGAGCUCAAAGCAUGAGAACAAAUCUGUUAAUGUGACACUGGGGCUGCAGGUCAACAUCUGGUGUGAACUGUUCUUGCAUCUUCAGUUCCAGCCAAGAUGUUCAGCUUCAGUUCCUCUCUUGAGAGGACACAGGAGCUGUUCAAGCAGUAAUUGUGGUUGCUGUUCAACCAGCUCCUCUGCUUUUCCUUGCUGGCCAAAAUUAUCCCAAAAUCAUGCAAAAAAAGAAAAAAUGGUCUGCAAUUCCAAAGAUCAAAGUCUCUUUUAACCACCUUCUCUGUCCCACAUGUCCAGGUCAGGAGCAGGAGGACAGAUUGCAUGAAGUGAAUCUCUCUACCCAGAGGCUGCGUGUGCUCCCUCCCUCAGUCCUGAGCAAUUCCAUGCUGGAGAGCCUUGACCUUGACAGGAACAAGCUCAGGAGCAUCACUGGCAUUUCUAAGCUUUGCAAUCUCAAGAAGCUGAUACUGUCCAAGAACGAGUUUGUGGACUUUCCCAAUGAAAUCCAGAGCCUGGUCUGUUUGGAGAGGCUUGAGCUGAAUCAGAACCAAAUCCGGAUCAUCCCAGAGGGGGUUUUCUCCCAUCUUCCCAGGCUUAAGCACCUGCGGCUGAACAACAACCGUCUGUGUGCCCUCCCCAGGGACCUGGCAGCUUGUGGGGGCAGCCUCCAGUACCUGAACAUCUCCAACAACCUGUUCCGCACCUUCCCGCAGCCCGUCCUGCAGCUGGCACGCUUACAGGAGCUCCAUGUGCAGAACAACGCCCUCCGCCAGCUCCCCAGGGAGCUCUUCCAGGGACAGUCCCUGAAGACGUUUAAGGCCAGCGGGAACCCUCUCCGCGAGCCGCCCAGUGAAGUGUGUGCUGGUGGCAUUCGGCAGAUCCGGAAUUACUUCAACCAGCUUCGGCAUAGUUCGGGGCAGGAGGACAAGAGGGUCAAGACCAUGUUCCUGGGGGCCUCGCUGGCAGGGAAGUCCACCAUCUGCAGGAGCCUGAAGCAAGGGCGAUCCAAACUGGUGCCCAAGGAAGAGCGAACAGUUGGGAUAGAGAUCAGUGAGUUCCAGAUUGAGGACUUCACAUUUCUCUUCUGGGAUUUUGCUGGCCAGCUGGAAUACUACAUGACUCACCAUGUGUUCAUCACCCCACAGGCGCUUGUCAUCCUCGUCAUCAAUCUUCACAUGUACCAAACUAAUGACAAAACUUUCAAGGAGCUCGUUGGUUUCUGGAUCAACAACCUGUCCAUGCGAGUCCCAAACUCAGUGGUGCUUCCUGUGGGAACCCAUGUGGACUGCUGCCAGGAGCAGGAGGUAGCAGAGAAGACACAUGACAUCAUGGCCAGGAUCACAGCCAUGCUGGCAGAGAGAAAGAGCAACCUUGCUCACUUCAUCGACAACCUGGAGGGCAGUGAGGAGCCCAAGUUUUACGUGGACCAGUGGGAGAGGCUGAAGGAGAUGGAGAGCUGCACGUUAACCAUCUUAAACUUCGUUGCUGUCAACUGCACGGAUCACCGUGCCAUCAGGAAGCUCGAGGCCACUAUUUUGAAGCAUGUGAGGAACGAGGAGCUCUUCCCGGAGGUUGUCCGAGUGCUGCCGCCCGUCUACCGGCAGGUGGAAGCUGCCAUCGCGGCUAUUGCAGGGAGCGAGGAGGUGGCAGACCACGGCAUGAUGGACCUCCAGUACCUGCUCAGCAAACUCUCCCAGAGUGAGAACUUGGCCAGCCUGAGCAGAGAGCUCCUCCAGGACAUCUUGCGGUACCUCCACCGCAUCGGGCUCGUCGUGUGGUAUGAGGAAAUCAAGCACUUGGAAAGCACCGUCUUCCUCCAGCCUACAUUUCUGAUAACCAUGUUCAAGCUCCUGGUGCGGCACCAGCUCGUCCAGCAGCUGGAGAGCAUCUCUGUGGACACGCUGAUCGGGGAACACGCCACCAUCAGAGACAGGGCCAACUGGGUGUGGACCUUCAAGUCCAAGGCAAUGCUGUGCCACCAGGCUGUGCGUGCCUUGGUGAAGCACCAGCUCUGUUCGGAAGGCAUGCGGGAUGUCUUUGAGGAAAUCAUGGGACUCAGGCCUCACAGAGGGAGAGGGAAGCUCUUCAGCCUCCUGGAGCACUUUGAGCUCUGCAUGGAGGUGAAGCACACUGAGGCACUCAACCCACAGGCCAGGGAGUUUGUGCCUGGGAAGCCAUGGGAGACAACACAGAGCCAAGGCAAGUCCUGGUACUUGUUCCCAACCUAUCUGAACCAGACAGAGGAAGUGUCUGAGGUCUGGGGAGGAGAUCACUCCGAGGACCUCCACAUCCGUGCCUACUUCUCACCUGAAAUACCUGAGGGCUUCUUCCAGAGGUUCCUGGUGAAAGCUUGCUCCUUCUAUUCCACACACUGGGUGGCCAAGGUGACCUGCCUGCUUGUAUGCAAUGGCAAACCUCUGCUGAUCAAAGAGAAUAACCAGAGGGCCUACAGCUACCUGGAGCUCCGCAGCAGAAAGCCAUCAGAAAGGACAGGGUUCCAGUUUGCCUGGGAUUUCCUCGUGGCAGUUGUGCUCAUCACCCAGAAGCUCGCUGAGGAGUGGCCGGGGCUGCACGUGUGUGUGAAGUCUCCCUGCCGAACGUCCGGCUGCCCCGCAGAGUUCCUCUGGCCAGACAUGGAUGGCACAGGUGCCACGACAAAGGAAGACAUUAAAACCUGUGGGACGUGUGGGCACCGCUUUGGUGCAGAGCUGCUCCUGCCCAAAGUACCCAGGCCACUGGAGGAGCUCCCAGCACAGCCCUCUGCUCACUAUUACGUGACAAGCUACGGGACCACCACCUUUGGGCCCAGCAGCAUCCAGGUCACUCGGCAGGUAAGGACACUGCUACCCCUCCUUGCCCAGGGACCAGCAGUGAUGGCCAGGCUCCUGAAAUGAGGGGGUGCAGUUGCCUGCAGCCUGGGGAGGGCACACCCCAUCUUCAGGCAGCCCUCUGGUUUCCACACUCCUCCCUGAGAUGCCACCCCCUCUGCACCACUGAGCUGGUGGUCUGGGUGUUCCAUGUUGUACUUACUGCCUUAUUUUUCCAGAACAUCUCCAGUGAGUAACUCUGGGCGGUGCUCAAUGAAGAAUUACUUUUGUUUAGCCCAGGCCAAGCUGUCCUCAACACAUUCUCCUUGUGAGUUAUGUUUGCAGCCUUUAUGCAGGAGAAUAAAUGCAUUGAUAAAUG